ACUCACUUAGUCUUAGUCAGUCUGUUCAUGCACAGUUCACAGUUCACAGUUCCGACCGAUCCAUCCAUUCACAGAGAGAACGACGGACGACGGACCGACUUGAUUCACUCCCUCGCUUCGUUCGGUGCAUUGAGACUUCAUCGACCACCUGAAGACAGAGGGGAGACCAUCCCCUGCGACGUGGAGAACGUGGAGAACGUGGAGAACACACACGCCCUACCUUCCAUCCGCCGUCAUCUACUACUAAGUAUUCUCUCUCUCUCUUUCUCUUAGCUCUCUGCUCCAGUACUCAAUCGAAUCGUCGUCAUCAAGUUCAGUUCUUCGAUUGAAUAUCCCUCGGUCGAUUCGCCACACCUCAUUGGGGAUUGGUGCGUGUCGAGUCGGUCAUGUCAGCCACGCCCUCGCCCGCCGUCGAGGCCACGCCGGGCCCGACGGCCUCGUCCUACCCGGAUCUGUCGGAUUCCGUGGCCUCGCCCACGGAUUCGGUGAUUGCCGGGGAUUUUGGCGCCAUGAGCGCCGAAGAGCAAGAGCUCCAACGCCAAGAGUGGAAGAGCGAGUUGGCCAAGACCGAGGAGGAGAUCCUCACCUUGAAGCAGGUCUUGGCCUCCAAGGAGGAGGUGGCGGCCGGCCUUAAGCGACGAUUGGGCAUCACGGCCUGGCGCGAACUCUCCGAGGACAUGACCCAAGGCCUCAAGAACAUUCAGGACUCGGCUGCUUACAAGAAGACGGCCGAGGGGAUCAAUGUGGCCAAGGAGAAGACGGCCGGCCUUUGGACUUCGGUCACCAGCUCCACGUCCUUCCAGAACGUGUCCGGACGCAUGGGAUCGGCCUUUGGCGCCGCGGCUGGCGCUGUCAAGUCUAAGAUGCCACAAUCCAUGUCCACCCAAGGCUUGAGUGAGGCCUUGGGCGGGACCAACAAUGGGACGGCCACCCCUAGCGCCUCCGACAGUGUCAGUGGCGGCACGUUGCCCACCACGCCCGAGGGCGAUAAGCAGGCAUAAGGCGGGGGGUGACCGCUGGGUCCCACGGCUCGGCUAGUGUGAUACGUCAGUCCCCGCCCGCCCCUAAUCUCGCCCCUCUUUGGAAUUUGAAAGUGAUGGCCUUCGGGUCCAUGGCCGCCUAGCUAUGAAAUAUGAGUAAUUCUCCAAUUGCGUGAUUGUCCACCGAUUUCUUGUUUCACUUUUGAGGGGGGGAAUCUCACGUUGGACCCCAAUUGAUAGCCUGUCACGACCCCCCCUAACUUUCCGAAUUGUGGCCCAUUUUUCACCGAAUUAGGCCAGACGAUCCUUCAGUUUGGCUCGGGCCGGUCCAAAAACCGAAUCGAACCGAAAAUUAUACCGGAUCCUGGUCGCCCAAUGUGUCUGAGGUCUCUUUCUCUCUCCCUCCUAAAAUACCGACUGGGAAUGUGUUUCAUCCUUCACACCAUAGAUUACUUUUUAAUAUUAUAUGGCUCUGGUCAUCCACUUUAAAUAUAUUGAUAUGCCAAAA